AUGCAACUUAGGGUGGAGAAUAAAAAGGUUGAGGAGAGGAAGCAUGGGGAUUGCAUUUCAUAUUUUGUGCAUAUUCUUCAUCUAACAUGUAAAUUUCUCGAUCAUACGGUCGUACCAGAGAGUGCAUACCCUGCUGUAAAGAAAGACAUAACAGGAGGGGGUUCAACUGAGAGAGAUGCAUUGUAUGCACAAAUUGAAACAGGGAAACGGUUGGCCCUAAUUAAAGCAUGGGAGGAAAGUGAGAAAACAAAAGCAGAGAACAAGGCAUAUAGAAGAAUGUCAACAGUAGAAUUGUGGGAAGACAGCAAGAGAACUUCUGUGGAGGCAGAACUCAAAAAAAUUGAGCAAUGCCCCAGGGUGGAGGAGACAGCUGCAAAGUUUUGUUCUCCCGGAAUUACACUAAAGAAAUUGCUACUUGGGUGCUUCAUCAGCCAGCAUUCUGCAAUUAUGUAAUUAACCAUAAAAAAUAAGGGAGAGGCUUGUUUUCCACUUUGGUUUGAGCUUUUUAUUUCUAAUGCAACAUUUAUAAAAAUAAAAUAAAAAACAA